GCACCACCCAUCUCCCUGGUCCUCUUUGCAGAAGUGUGUACUUAAAGAGGGAAGCAAGGCUUCUGGAAGAGCAGAGGUCUCAGCACAAUCAAGCCUGUGGGUAAGAAAGAAGCAGAAGGGGAUCCUGGGGACUGUAUCCAGGAGAAGAUCUCGGUGACUGUCCUUUCCACUUGGCUCUACUCUGGGGCCAGUUUUAUCAUUUGGAGGGACGACUCUGGUGAGUGGACUUCCUCUCUCUGCUGCAAGCCCUGCAGGCUGGGACACAUGCUGGAGAGGCCCACCUAUGCAGGUGCAACAAGCAAGACUCUUCCAGAAGCCUUAGCCUUAGAGGGAAGGGCUGGACUUAGCUGCUCCUGAAUUUUUACAUCUCUCAAAGUCUGUGCUCCCCAGCUCCCUACAGCACAUGGGUCCCUGUUGCUUUCAAACCCAGCAAAUAAAAGCGCACACCCCAGCACUUAUCCCAGGCAGAAUCCUAGGCAUUGUACCGCUCACCCCAAACCAGCCUUACUGGGGUAGCAGUUGGAAAUGCCUUCUGGGCCUGUCCCAUGGGCUCCCUUUCGAACUGGGUCUCAGCCCCUGGAGAGACAAGCCGUAGGGGAAAGUCCCCAGCGACUGCAGGAGGUUCGGGCACGCCUGGCUGUUGGGAAAUACGGCCCACGUCAGGCGGCCGCGCUCCCCAAGGCAGCGUGACGCGGUGGCUAGGGGGUGGGGGCUCCGGAGCCGAGACUCGCCUUGCGCUUCUCUGCGCCUGGCUUCCCUGGGCGGUCGCCAGCCCUUCUCGGCUGGCGGGGAAUGGGGGCGGGAAAGGAGUGCUGCCUUUUCUGGUCUGGGGAGGAGUGGCGGCAGCCCAAGAGAUCACUCACCUGGCUGCUGGGCUGGUUGCUGUCACACUUGCCCAGGCUCCAGUCACCCUUCUCCUGCCCUUAUCAGGAAGCACAGCGCGCUCUCGCGCUCUGCGGUUGAGCCUGGCUGUAGGUAACAGCUGAAUUUGGGGACAUCUCCCAGCCGCUGCAGCGAACAAGCCCCUCUAUCCUCCUAUCAGAGAGUCCGCAUGAGCCCCGAGUCCUCCAGCCCGUGGAUGGGCCACUUGCUUCGCCUCCAGGUGAGGACCUGGAUUGAGCCGGUGGUGGCCUCAACCCAGGUGGCCACCUCCCUCUACGACGCAGGGCUGCUCCUUGUAGUGAAGGCGUACUACGGAGCUGGGGGUUCCUCCAACCACAGCGCCAGACCGUGGCCCAGGGAGGCUGGAGAGGACCAACAGCAAAGGGCCAUCUCCAAUUUCUACAUCAUCUACAACCUCGUGAUGGGCCUGACGCCCCUGCUGUCGGCCUACGGGCUGGGCUGGCUCAGCGAUCGCUACCACCGCAAGAUCUCCAUCUGCGUGUCCCUGCUGGGCUUUCUGCUCUGCCGCCUUGGGCUGCUGCUCAAGGUUCUGCUGGACUGGCCGUUGGAAGUGAUGUACGGUGCCGCGGCGCUGAACGUACUGUGUGGCGGCUUCUCAGCGUUCUGGUCUGGGGUUAUGGCCCUGGGAUCCCUGGGCUCCUCCGAAGGCCGCCGCUCCGUGCGACUUAUCGUUAUUGACCUGAUUCUGGGCUUGUCCGGUUUCUGCGGGAGCAUGGCCUCUGGACACCUCUUCAAGCGGAUCGUUGGGCAUGCCAGGGAGGGCCUGGUGCUGGCGGCUUGCAGUGUGAGCUGCGCCACUUUUGGUCUUUUCUACAGCUUGUUGGUGCUAAAGGUCCCUGAGGUUGUGGCCAAGUCUAACAAGGCACUCACCACUGUAGAUACGGUGAAUGGCAUGGUUGGCACAUAUCGUACCCUGGAUCCUGAUCAGCCGGAGGAGCAGAGUGUGGUGGGGUACCCUCCACCUCUUAGAAAAGCGAAGCCCCCAAAAGCCAUCAUUGCCCUGCUCUUUGUGGGUGCCAUUGUGUAUGACCUGGCAGUGGUGGGCACAGUGGAUGUGAUGCCACUUUUUAUGCUGAGGGCACCUCUCAGUUGGAACCAAGUGCAGGUGGGCUAUGGUAUGGCUGCAGGGUACACCAUCUUCAUCACGAGCUUCCUGGGUGUCUUGAUCUUCUCCCGCUGCUUCCGGGACACUACCAUGAUCAUGAUUGGGAUGGUCUCCUUUGGGUCUGGAGCCCUUCUCUUGGCUUUUGUGAAAAAGACAUACAUGUUCUACAUUGCUCGAGGUGUCAUGCUAUUUGCUCUGAUCCCCAUCACCACCAUCCGAUCAGCAAUGUCCAAGCUCAUAAAGGGCUCCUCUUACGGAAAGGUGUUUGUCUUACUGCAGCUGUCCCUGGGUCUGACUGGGGUGGCGACAUCGGUAGUGUAUAAUGAGAUCUAUCAGCUCACCAUGGAAAAGUUUGUCGGCACCUGCUUUACUCUCUCCUCCUUCCUGUCCUUCCUGGCCAUCCUCCCUAUCAGUAUCGUGGCCUAUAAGCAAGUCCCAUGGUCGCAAUAGAGAGACAUCACAGAAAAAUGAAGGUGCUGACCUGCGGAAGCUGAAAAUGCCAGCAACGGUCAGGUCCGCUUGAAGACAAAGGGAGAGAAUGGGGAGCUGGUGGCCAAAGCAACCCACUGCUGAAGAAUGGCAAGAAUGGCAAUACCUAGAGUCAGCCUGAGAAUGAACUGUUCUGGUUCAGGGGUUCCUGGUUGGUGGGGAAACACACUUUCCUGGUAAUGGAAGAAACUUCUUAGCUUUCAGACGCCCUAAUGGGUGAAGUUAGGUUCCACAAGAAGCAGAGGAUAAUCUUUCAAGGGUUACAUGCAGCACCGUAGGGACUUCACGCUCCAGCUGCAGACAACCAGCCCCUUCUCUUCCAGAAGGCUCCAAGGUAUGGCUUACUAGUCAUCUGGGUGCUAUGCUGGAAGUCCCACAUGGGAACUCAAGCAAAGGCAUGCAUCUUCGACAGCCUAAGAGAUGCUUAGUAAGAACUACCAGUUAUCGGUGAACAUCAGUCUAUAUUUUUAAAACUAAAAUAAAACCCUGAAAAAAGUUAGCUUUGUUCCUGGGGCCUUUUUAGCUGUGAAUGUUCAGGAGAGCCUUGGCCUUGGGGUAGGUUUUUUUAUUUUUGCUUUUUAAGAAGCAAAUAUCAAAAGAUUUUCUUCAAUGGAACAUUAAAUUGAAUACUUUGAAUACUUAUUCAGUCCACGAUACUUCCCAAAGGAGAUGGUGUGAAGGGAGAAAGGAGAGGAGAUACGUGAAUAGCCAUUUUAUUUUGAGGCACUAUUUUUGUAGCCUAUUUUCUUAUGCAUACAAAACUGGACUUGACUCCUAAUAAAAUCAACAUUCGUAAUAUGAGUUUGUGGGUCCUUCCUUCUCAGGCUAGAUCCCCUCUAUAACUACAGACAUAACAGUCUUAGGCUGGGGUAAAACACAAAGCCAAAGAGUACAUUUAAAUCUCACAGCAUUUGGGCUCAGAGAGUUUGUAUCUCUAAUCCUGUUGCAAGAGUUACUGGGUGGCACAAAACAGUUAAGCGCUUGACUGCUAAGUGAAAGGUUGGCGAUUCAAACUCACCUAGAAAUUUCUCAGAAAAAAGGCCUGGUGAUAUGUUUCCAAAAGAUCACAGCCUUGAAAACCCUAUGGAGUGCAGUGAAUGAACAAAACUUUAUGGUAUAUUUGUUCAGGUCCUGGCACCAUGUUAAGAGCGAGAAACAGCAAGAACAAGACUUGACUGUUCCUGCCCUAACAGAGUGUAUUGUCUGGCAGAUGGGCAGACAGAACAGUAGGCAACAAUGUAUCCUAUAACAAAUGCUACAAUAUAAAUACACAAAGAGGCCCAAGUGAGGGCUCUUGACAUGGAAGUUCCAUGGACUUCCUUGUUGGUGGAAGUCAUCAAUGCAUGUGGGGCGGUAGUGUGUCCUUUUUUGGACAUGAAAGUUCUGCAUCAGGAACCCUCCCAGAACUUACCCUAUGUGUUACUUCAUUUGUGUCCUUUUUCCUAUAAUAAAACCGUAAUCCUAAGAAUAGCACUUUCCAUGAGUUUUCUGUGAGUUGUCCUAGCAAAUUAUUGAACCCAAGGAAGUAGAGGGAGACAGCAGGUCAGAAGUGAAGGUGUUGUGGCAACUCCCAAGCUUGCGGCUGGCAUCUGAAGCCUUGGGCAGACUUGGCAGUUUGAAGAACUGUGCCCUUUAAUGUGUGACGUCUGACCUAGCUCCAGCUGCUCAGAGUCAGAAGAAAAAAUGCUACAUGUCCAGCUUGUGUCAGAAGAGAAGCGGAACACAACUGAUAAAUGGGAAUUGAUUUUUUCCACACAGUAGGUAUGUCUUCAUCUCAAAGAUCAUAAUACUGAAGUUCAGAGAGAGGCGACAUACCUAAAGCCACAUUGCUAGUAAGUGAAAAAGCUGAGAUUUGAUCUUGUCUAUCUUAUUUCACCUUUCUGCCUCAUUGUGUGACUUCAGACUUAAUCAUGAGUAGUAUCAGUAAGCCAAGUUCAGCACCAAUUUAAGUUCACUUUCAGCACAUCUCCAUCAUAAAUGAGCCCUAGCAGUGCAGUGGUUAAAGCCGACAGUUUGAACCUACCAGCUGCUCCAUAGAAGAAAGAUGUGGCAGACUACUUUUGUAAAGAUUUACAGCCUUGGUAACCCUAUAGGCAGUUCUACUGUGUCCUAUAGGGGCACUAUGAUUUGGACUUGACUCAACGGCAGUGGGUUUGGUUUUGGUUUGUGGUUUUCCCAUCACUAGGUACAGUUCAACUGCACACCUUGGCCCUUAAUUCACAAUGCGCACACUGUUAUGGAUUGAACUGUGUCCCCCCAGAAUGUGUAUCAACUUGGUUAGACCAUGAUUCCCAGUAUUGUGUGAUUGUCCACCAUUUUGUCAUCUGAUGUGAUUUUCCUAUAUGUUGUAAAUCCUACCUCUAUGAUGUUAAUGAGGUGGGAUAGGCGACAGUUAUGUUAAUGAGGCAAGACCCGGUCUACAAGAUUGGAUUGUGUCUUGAGCCAAUCUCUUUCGAGAUAUAAAAGAGAAGCAAGCGGAGAGACAAUGGGGACCUCAUACCACCAAGAAAGCAGUGCCGAAAGCAGAGUACGUCCUUUGGACCUGGGGUUCCUGCAUGGAGAAGCUCCUAGUCCAGGGGAAGAUCGAUGAGAAGGACCUUCCUCCAGAGCUGACAGAGAAAGCCUUCCCCUGCAGCUAAUGCCUUGAAUUUGGACUUCUAGCCUACUAGAUGGUGAGAGAAUAAACUUCUGUUUGUUAAAGCCAUCCACUUAUGAUUAUUUCUGUUACAGCAGCACUAGUUGACCAACACACACACUAAUACCCUAAUGAACCACAGACAUUUCUUCUUCCUGUGAUCGUUAAGGUUGUGUGUCAGCUUAGCUGGGCCAUUAUUCUCAGUGGUUUGGCAGUUAUGAUGCAGCCUGGCAGAAGUAUAAUGAUGUGAUCACUUCCACGAUAAGAUCUAAUGUGAUCACCUCCAUAAUGGGAUCUGCUGUGACUAGCCAAUCAGCUGAAAGAGAAUAUCCCUGGCUACAUCCAAUAUAGGCGCACUUUUGCUCACUCUGGAUCCUGCAGCUGACUCCUGGGGGCUUAUGCUAGCAGCUUACCUGCCGAUCUUGGGUUUGCCAGCCUCUGCAGUCUGUGAGCCAGCAGCCAGCCAGCUUACCUGCCCAUCUUGGGUUUGCCAGCCCCUGCAGCUACAUGAGUCAGAAGAAGCAUCCAGCCUGACCCAUGGACCUGGGACUUCCCAGUGUCUUCAACCGCAUGAGUCAUUUCCUUGAUAUAAAUCUCUAGCUAUACAUAGAUGCUUCACUGGUUUUGCUUCACUAGAGAACCUGGCCUAGGACAUUUCCCUGCACCAUCUAGGAUACUCCACUGGUCUCGCCCCAUCUGGAGCAAGAGAGAAUGAAGAAAACCAAAGACACAAGUGAAAGACUAGUCCAGAUGACUGAUGGACCACAAGUAUUACAGCCUCCACUGGACUGAGUCCAGCAUGACUGGAUGGUGCCUGGUUACCACCAUCUACUGCCCUGACAGGGAUCUCAACGGAGCUGGGGAUCACAACAGAGCUGGAGAAAAAUGUAGAACAAAUUCUAGCUCACACACACACAAAAAAGACCAGACUUACUGGUCUGACAGAGACUGGAGAGACCUCAAAAUUACGGCCCCCAGACACCCUUUAAGCUCAGUAACGAAGUCACUCCUGAUGUUCAGCCUUCAGCCAAAGAUUAGAUAGGCGUAUAAAACAAAAUUAGACUAAAGGGGCACAACAGUCCAGGGGCAAGGACUAGAAGGCAGGAGGGGACAGAAAAAUUGGUAAUAGGGAAAUCAAGAUCGAGAAGGGGAGAAUGUUGACAUGUUGUGGGGUCGGUAACCAAUGUCACAAAACAAUAUGUGUACUAGUUAUUUAAUGAGAAUCUAAUUUCAUCUAAAAUACAAUAAAAAAAUAACAAUAAUAACUUAUGUUUUUAUGUAUUUGUAUUAUAUAACAGCCAACGCAUAUAGCACUUUCUUUGGAAACCCUGGUGGCAUAGUGGUUAAGAGUUCAGCUGCUAACCAAAAGGUCGGCAGUUCAAAUCUACCCGGUGCUCUUUGGAAACCCUGUGGGGCAGUUCUACUCUGCCCAAUAGGGUCGCUCUAAGUUGGAAUUGACUAGAUGGCAAUGGGUUUGGUUUUUGGUUUUGGUGUGCCAGGGAGAGUUUUAAGCCUUUCAUACAUUAUUAACUCAUAGAAACACAGGGAUUGCCUAAUUUACAAGUAAUUAAUUUAUAAACAAUGUCCUGAUUCCCUGUUCACCUGGCCCUACCCAAAACCACCAGAUUACCACUUGCCACUGAAAGGAGGUCAUGGGGGGAAAAAAAUGGUAAGACUUUCUCUAGGUUCAGACUUAGAAGAAUAAAAAUGUGUGUAGGGAGAAGAGUUUAGGGG